GCAACAACUUAAAUAAUGGCCAAACACGCAAACACCGACAACGAAGACAAUCCCUCUUCUGACGACAGUGAAGUGGAGGGGUUGGAGCAGAAAGUCGCCCCCAAGAGGAAGAUAAAGUCAAAUUCUCAAGAUGACGCCGAAGACGACACACUCAAACGAUGCACUGUUUUCGUCCGCUCCCUCCCAUACACAACGACCACGGAAUCCCUAUCGACCCACUUCUCCUUCAUUGCGCCAUUAAAACAUGCAACCGUCGUCGCUGAUCCUAUUACCAAAAAGUCCCGCGGUUUCGGUUUCGUCACCUUCCUCGAUGCCGAGGACGCACAAAAGGCUGUCAAGCAAUUUAACGGCGCCAGCUUUGAGGGCAGGAAAUUGAAGGUCGAGAUCGCUGAGAAGAGGCACCGUGAGUCUGCUCUCAGCGAAGGGGAAGUGAAGAAGGGGAAGACAGUAGGCGGAGGGGACAUCAAGAAGCGGGCGCCGAGAUUGAUUGUUAGAAAUCUACCGUGGAGUGUUAAGAAGUCGGAGGAUCUGAUCAAAAUUUUUCAGAGCUAUGGGAAAGUUCGGGGCGUUAUUAUUCCUAGGAAGGGGAAUAAGCCUAGUGGCCCGAUGAGUGGGUUUGCGUUCGUCACUAUGAAGGGGUACAAGAAUGCAGAGAAUGCUAUUGAAAAGACCAAUGGGAUGGAGAUCGAUGGAAGAACGAUUGCAGUGGAUUGGGCGGUAGAGAAGAAUGAGUGGGAGCGGAAGAAUGGGAUUGAGGAUAUGGAUAUUGGCGAGGACGGAGAGGAGGGGGCGGAGGAGGAAGAUGUGGCUGUAAAGGUUGAAGAAGAGGAAGAUGAUGAUGAUGACGAUGGAGGGGUUGGUGUUAUUGGAGAUGAUGAUGCUAGAAGCAUGGACAAUGCAUCUGACGCAUCAUCUGAUGAAGGUUCGGAUGUUGAGGACUUUGCCGACGAUGAAGAAGAUGGAGAAAGCGGUACACAGAAGAAACUAUAUUCUGAAGAAGAAGAGAAACCACUUACUGUCUUCAUCCGCAAUCUCCCUUUUUCAACCGGUGAUGAGACUCUCCACCAGCAUUUCGAAUCGAAUUUUGGCCCUGUCCGCUACGCAAGAGUUGUAAUGGACCAUGCUACGGAGCGCCCUCGCGGGACCGGUUUUGUCUGUUUCUUCAAUCAAGAGGAUUGCGAUAGGUGUCUUACCGAUGCUCCCCGCCAACAAUCCCGGGUCACAAAGGCCAAAUCUCUGCUACAAAACGAAGGAGACGAUCCUAGCGGAAGGUACACAAUCGACGGCCGCAUCCUCCAGCUUGCGCGGGCUGUGGAUAAAACCGAAGCAGCAAGGCUUCAAGAGGCUGGCCUAGCACAAAGGGAUAAAGUGCAGGGCGACAAACGUCGGCUAUUUCUCUUACAAGAAGGAACUAUUCCAGCAUCUUCCCCCGCAUUCCAACAGCUUUCCAAUAGCGAGAGACUUCUCCGGGAAACGUCUUUGAAGCAACGCAAAAAUCUCCUUCAGUCGAACCCUAUGCUUCAUUUAUCACUUACACGGCUUUCUAUUCGCAAUUUACCCAGAUCUAUAACCGCAAAGGGUCUGAAGCAACUCGCCAGAGAGGCUGCUGUGGGAUUUGCCGCAGAUGCUAGGGCUGGCAAACGAAAGCGGUUGUCAAAAGAAGAAUUAAUGCGUGGUGGAGAUGAGGAUCGUGAAACAGAAAGACGAAGAAAAGCGCAAGGCAAGGGAAUUGUCCGCCAGGCAAAGGUUGUGGAAGAGAAGGUGGGAACGGGCCGGAGCAGAGGAUAUGGGUUCAUUGAGUAUUCUUCACACCGUUGGGCUCUUAUGGGACUACGCUGGUUGAAUGGACAUGAGGUCGGUGGUACUGCGGCGCCACCGGAAAAGAGGACUGGAAAGGGAGCAGUAAGAGCCACUAAAGAAAAGGGAGAAGGAGCUGCUCCACCCACCGCAAUUGAAGAGAAGAAGAAAAGACUGAUCGUUGAAUUUGCGAUCGAGAAUGCGCAGGUUGUAGCAAGGAGGAAGGAAAAAGAAGAGAAGGCUAGAGAGAGGUCAAAGCUAGUCGCCGAAGGAAAAGCUAAGCCUCUGGAAUCCACAAAAGAGAAGAAGAAACAGUUUGCUAAAGACAGGGCAUCGUCGAGGGCUCGAGGAGGAAAGGGAUUUAGCGGCGGAAAGCGGAAGAGGGAAGAGAAGGCAACUGAAGUGAGAGAGUAUCCUACCAAAAAUGCUAAAAAGGAUGAGGAGGCAGCAAAGGCUGCGAGGAUAAUUGCCAGAAAGAGACAGGUCAGGAGAAGAGCUGGGAAUGGAGGUGCAUGAUAAUAUGGUAUUGUGUAUUUCUGUGUUCUGAGGUUGUGUCUUGUAAUUGUACAGAUGUUGCCAUAUCUUGUGUCGAUGACGAUAUCAUCAUCAAAAGCGUUCACCAGUCAAUAAUUAUAAUAAUAAUAGAGCCGUUGGACAAAAGCCGGUCCAAGGGUCGGGCAAAGGAGCCUGGGUACUCGGUCUAAUAUCAGGCGUUAGUGAGGUUUUUGGGAUGAGUUUGCUUCUAGAGCCUUCUGGGAGGGUUGUUGAGUUUGUACAAAGUCUCCCCGAGUAUGAUACUAUGAUAAUUAUCACAGGUAUGAUAAUGUCUUUGAGUAGGGUGAUCAUUAUCAAGGGAUUAGGUUAUGAACAUGGGGUGGUGGUAUGACAUUACGAUACGUCUUAAGGGCCGUACUGGACCGGCACAUUUCGCGAACCUCGCAUCAAGGGAUAUACAUCAUGAACUAUCACUUUCUCCUGGCAUAUGAUGGACAAGCAGGGUUUAGAGCCAGUCCUUAUCGACCGGUUUACUAAGCAAAGAUAACAAGAGGCGAGUGUAGAAACAAACAAAAAAAAGAAGGGAAUGGGAGAGUAAAGAGUGUAUCAUAACAAUCCGUGCUCCUACAUCGUGAGUUGGUCCCGGGACCAGAAUUGUUAUUUAGUAUUGUGAACAUUGAAUUGCAAUUGCAUCUGCAGCUGUCCCUGUUGUGCCAAGGCAAAAAUACCCCUCAGCCCGUCCACCCGCACCGUCCCUUGGGCACGGUAUAUGUAUUAUUAUUUCUAUGCUGCUACCCCUCAUACUCCCCGCUUCUCUCUUCCUUCAUCCCCUACGACACACGUCCCAUUCGACUCGUGCUCGAUUACUCAAACUGUCGUCAAGAAGUGCACUAGUAUGUUUGCUGCCCUCUACUUCUCUUUCAAUGGCUCAAGUUUAUUUGGUUUCAGACGAAUAACUUUUGGUUGUGACCUCAGAUCGCUCGACAUCUCUCCGCAUCCUCUGAGAUGUCUUACACCGUGAGGAAAAUCGGGCAGCCCAACACUUUGGGUUAGUGGUCUUCUGAGUUUCAGAACGGUUGCCUCUGCUGACACCGAGAUUUGGGAGUUUCCAGAGCACAGAGUGUACAUCGAGGGAGGUGGCAUUCCAAUUUCUCCAUUCCAUGAUAUCCCUCUCUACGCAAAGUAAGUACCUGUUUUUUUUGCGCCUCAGUGAGGGGUUUUUACCUAAUAUUAACUCUCCUGAUUAGUGAACAGAAGACCAUCCUCAACAUGAUUGUUGAGAUCCCUCGCUGGACUAACGGAAAGCUUGAAGUAUAUACCCGAAUUAUUGCCGGAAUUUCCAUCUCUAAUGCUUUUUGAAUGACUAGAUUUCCAAGGAGGAAUGCCUCAACCCAAUCAAGCAAGAUGUUAAGAAAGGAAAGAUAAGAUUCGUCCGCAACUGCUUCCCACACAAGGGAUACCUCUGGAAUUACGGUGCUUUCCCUCAGACUUGGGAGGACCCUAAUGUUAUCCACCCUGAAACUAAGGCCAAGGGUGAUAACGAUCCGUUGGAUGUCUGUGAGAUCGGUGAGACAGUAGGCUACACUGGUCAAAUUAAGCAGGUUAAGGUAUUGGGUGUUAUGGCUCUUUUGGACGAAGAGGAGACCGAUUGGAAGGUUAUUGUCAUUGAUGUCACUGAUCCUUUGGCCCCUAAACUCAACGGUUUGCUCCCGACCCCCCGUUCAAUGAUGACUGGUAAUAAUUUUAUGGCCCAGAUAUCGAGGAUGUCGAGCGCCAUCUUCCUGGUCUCUUGAGAGCCACCAACGAGUGGUUUCGUAUCUACAAGAUCCCGGAUGGGAAGCCCGAGAACCAAUUUGCAUUCUCUGGUGAAUGCAAGAACAAGAAGUGGGCGGUGCCCGUCUUAGCUACCCGCUAUGAAGCUAUACUAACAUGUCGGAACCAGAUAUGCCACCGAUGUCAUCCGUGAAUGCAGUGAGGCAUGGGAAAAACUCAUUCUUGGCCAGAGCGACCCUAACACCAUUUCUCUGUAGGGGCCCCCUCCCGCAGGCUCUCUUUUUUUCUUUCGAAAGCGCGCACUAACGGACAUUUUGUAGCACCAAUUUGACUGUUCCUAAGUCUCCUGGCUAUAUCGAGCCAGGCCAGAUCCCUCCCAUCCCCCACGGAGACAAUCAACCCCCUGCUCCUAUUGAUCCUAGCAUUGACAAAUGGUUCUUCAUCUCUGGUGCUGCUAUGUAGGGUUGUUCAUUUUUGAAUGGGGUCGGUGGAUUGGCCUUGGAUAGAAGCAUAACAACAAUACAUAGCGGGCUAAGCCGUACUUAUGUGUAAGGUUAUGAAUUGCAUAACGGUUUCAGAUUUAAGCGAUUUUGUAUUUUGAACCUCGAACCUUUCAGCACCACCAAGUGUUGCCCAAUUGAAGUAUGGAAGGAACAUGAGCUGUCACCUGUCGACUUGAUUCGUAUGCGCGCAUAUAUGAUACGGUGCUUGGUAAGAGGUGACAACCUGUUAUGCGUAAGGUUGGAUUUAUGAAGGGGAGAAAAUUCAGAAACUAUUAGUGUACCGACAUACCGGUAUGAUGCAUUCAGGGUUUGGUAUACGAUUAGCAUGCUACUUGAAGGUUUGGCGCAAUUAGACUAGAACAAGAUUAAACAGUAAAAGUUAAUUUUUCGUGAUAUAUGUGAAAGCCUGUCUAUCUAUUCAUACUACGUGAACUGUGUCCGGCUGGAGAGCUUAGAUGAGCAACCUCUCAAUUUUUUCCUUGACGGCUCUAAUCUGGCCUUGCAAUUCCGAAGCCUCGUUUGAAGUAACACUAGCUGAGAUCACAGACCUGGAAACACCGCAAGCACGUCCAAGUGCAAUCUUGGAAGGAACAAAGACGUAGGGGACGUUCUUGUCCUCGCAGAGGAGAGGAAGAUGGAGGAGAAUCUCCAAAGGAGCGGUGUCAGCUGCGAGUACGAUGAAUUCAGAGAUACCUCGGUUGAGGGUUUUGGUCGCUGUAGACAACGGUUAGCCGGAGGACCUGCGGGGCAAGAGAGGUAUUGAGGAGACGGACCUUCAUUCGCACCCUUUUUCAAUUGGCGGUAGUGAGAUGCUUGCUGGACGAGAUCGAGGAUCUGCUGGGUGAGGGCCUCAUCAGCGAGGGGGAAAGCUAUAGCCCAAGCAAAAUAUUCAUUAGCAGAUGCUUCUUUUUAUAUAGAUGUUGGGGCGAGAGGGUACCUUUGGGAUUAACACCAGCCAUUUAGAACUGUGGUGGAAGAAGUGGCGCUUCUAAACGGGCG